GACAGAGACGCACCGCCGCAGGACUAAGAGCCGAGGAAACACACGGCAUCAUGAAGGAGAAGUCUAAAAACGCGGCCCGGACUCGGCGGGAAAAGGAAAACAGUGAGUUUUAUGAGCUGGCCAAGCUGCUGCCGCUGCCCUCCGCCAUCACCUCGCAGCUGGACAAAGCCUCCAUCAUCCGGCUGACCACCAGCUACCUGAAGAUGAGAGUGGUGUUUCCUGAAGGCCUCGGAGAGUCUUGGGGUCACGUGAGUCGCAGCACUUCUCUGGAUGGAGUCACCCAGGAGCUGGGCUCCCAUCUCUUACAGACAUUAGAUGGCUUUAUUUUUGUGGUUGCUCCAGAUGGGAAGAUAAUGUACAUCUCAGAAACCGCCUCCGUCCACUUGGGCCUAUCGCAGGUAGAGUUGACGGGAAACAGCAUUUAUGAAUACAUCCACCCAGCAGACCAUGAUGAAAUGACAGCCGUCCUCACAGCUCACCAGCCUCACCAUUCACACUUUGUUCACGAAUAUGAAAUGGAGCGCUCCUUCUUUCUGAGAAUGAAAUGUGUCCUCGCUAAAAGAAAUGCUGGUCUUACCUGUGGAGGCUACAAGGUGAUCCACUGCAGCGGCUACCUGAAGAUCCGUCAGUACAGCCUGGACAUGUCUCCGUUUGACGGCUGCUAUCAGAACGUGGGGCUGGUGGCUGUGGGUCACUCGCUCCCCCCCAGCGCUGUCACUGAGAUCAAACUGCACUCCAACAUGUUCAUGUUCAGAGCCAGCCUGGACAUGAAGCUCAUCUUCCUCGACUCACGGGUUGCAGAGCUGACAGGCUACGAGCCUCAGGAUCUAAUAGAGAAGACCCUCUACCAUCAUGUGCACAGCUGUGACUCCUUCCACCUGAGAUGUGCUCAUCACUUGUGUGAGUUAGUGCUGGUGAAAGGUCAGGUCACAACUAAGUACUACCGUUUCCUGGCCAAGCCUGGAGGCUGGGUCUGGGUUCAGAGUUAUGCAACCAUCGUUCACAACAGCCGCUCGUCCCGCCCUCACUGCAUCGUCAGCGUCAACUAUGUCCUCACGGAGACAGAGUAUAAAGGGCUCCAGCUGUCUCUGGACCAGGCCAGGUCCACGGCCUCCUUGCCCUGCAGCAGCAGCAGCUCCGCCAGCCUGACGGAGCCUUGCAGAACCCCCAAGAGCAGAGUGACCCGGCCCAAGACCAAAGCCAGGCUCUCCCCUUACACACAGUAUCCUAGUUUCCAGAUGGAGCGCUCAGAGUCUGACCAGGAGAGCCCGUGGGGCAGCAGCCCCCUCACAGACUCAGCCUCCCCCCAGCUGCUGGAGCACAGUGAGGGUCUGGAUGCCUCCUGUGUGUACAGACAGUUCUCUGACCCCCGACCGCUCUGCUACAGCCUGUCUGAAGAGCACCAUCACAACAGCAGCGACGGCUACACACACCUCCACUCACAGGGUCAAGGUCAGAGCUGUGAGCGAGGUCGAUGUGAGGCAGGACGAUACUUUCUAGGAGCACCCCCACCUGGGCGGGACGCGUGGUGGGGCAACACCCGGUCUGUCCUGCCGCUGAGCAAGAGCUCCCUGGAGAACCACGAAGGAUAUGACAGCAGCGUGCCGCACAUCACGGCCAUCCACAGCCACCACGGCCGGGGGGGCCACUGGGACGAGGAGAGCGUGGUGAGCUCUCCGGAUGGGGGCUCCGCCAGUGACUCGGGGGACCGGUACCACGCUGACCACUACCGCUGCAGCCCCCAGGAGCCCAGCAAGAUCGAGACCCUGAUCCGAGCCACGCAGCAGAUGAUCAAGGAAGAAGAAAGUCGACUGCACAAGGGCCCUCAGGAGGUCCCACUGGGGCCGGCCAAUGGGCUGCCCAAGGGUCCCGGCCCAUGCUUCACUCCAGAGUAUAGUCAAGGGCCCCUCCCUCUACAGACGGUGGUGUGUCGAGGUCUGAGUCAGGUGAUCAGCCCUGCCCCUAGUCCCGCCCCUCUGUCCAGGCUCAGCAGUCCAGGUCCUGAGCGCCUCCACAAGCCCAAAGACUACCUCCAGACAGACGUGUCCCCCCUCUCUCUGCCAUUACACCACGCGUUCGGGCGGUUGGGGCCGUGCUCUUCCUCCCCCCCCACGGCCCCCGUCCUCUACCCCUCCCACACCCACCCUCGGCCCUACUUGGACAAGCAUAAGAGCUACUCCCUGACAGGCUACGCUCUGGAGCAUCUCUACGACCCAGAGAGCCUGCGAGGCUACUGCACCUCCACCAGCACGGGCCCCCCCCCACUACGAUGUGACCCCUCACCUCCGUAUGGCAGCAGAGCAGACCCCCGGACAUAAAGGCACCUCUGUCAUUAUUAGCAAUGGCAGCUAACACUGACAGAGGGACUCAGAGCCUGAGCUGGUUAGCUUUCCUUAGUCUGGAUCCUGUUAGCCUGAUUUCCCAUCAUACUGAUCCCCCUCAGCAAGCCGAUGCUUUAGAGCUACAUUGUUGCUCUACUUCCCCCCCAAGCAUUAUAACAAGUCCAUUUCUAAAUGUCUCAUUCAAAGAUUGUAAUGUCAUUAUUUACAAGGUUGAACCACCGCACAUUCACAUAAUUACUGCAGCGCCUGUUUGAAUGGUAAGUGAUGCAAUUAUGAAGCCGCUUUAAGUCUUAACAAGUCUUCCAAAUAAAAGGACGAUGUAUUUCAUGUAUAUAGUUCCAGAGCACUUGCUAAGAAAUGAUGCUGUUGUUUCUGAGUGGACAGUCUCAACAAUGUAGGUCAACUGGAGAUGUAAUCAAGGACAUCUGAAUAUAUUGGAGCAGCAUUUCUCCAUGCUGAGCCAACUGUCAGGCAAACAGAAAGGGAAGCAGUAUACAGUGUAGCAACACUGUAGUGAAGCUAAUAGCCCUUAUGUUUGAAAGGAGGGGGGGAGUAAGACAUUGCAUUGGUCUCAGCUUAUUGCAAAAACAAACAACACUUUGGUCAAAACCGAUCAGUAUGAUGGAAGAAAAUGGAAAACAGGGCUGGGUAUAAAAUGUCUGGAGUUGUGCUUUAACAUCCGCCCCAGUGCGUGUAACCGUUUGCACUAUAAGAGAUGGGCCUUUGUGAGGAGGGGGGUUUGGUGUUCAUGCAGCGAUGCAGAGCACAGGUUAGCCCUGAAGUCAAGAAUGUCAUUUGAACUUCACCGAAAAAUAUGCAAAGCCAUUCUAUGGAUGUUUCUUUUCUCUCCGUGGCGGUAAAUACAGUUCAGAAAACACCGGUAAUGACUCUCAUGACUGUACGCUGGAAGCCAUGGAUACUGAACGUGUUGUUGGAAAGGUUUUAAAGGGCAAGUCUGAUGCUUUGAUAUUUGAUGUCUGAUUGGCAAGACAAUAAUUACACGAUUACGUCCUAUAUCAUUCGUUUUUGUAACCAGAAAGUAUCAUCCAAGGACAAAAGACAUGGGACAUAUUGUGUUAUUUGAGUGAUUGUAAGAAGACCAUAUGCAAGUAACCCGUUGGAAUGGCAGCUCAGGCUGAUCCCUGAAGCAACUGUUAAUAAUGGUUACGUGGGAAUCUUUAUACAACAGGAUUUCAGUUUCAUCUUGGGAUCUUUUCUCUUUAUUUCUUCACUCCUUAGAUAAACCUAUAUUUAUACAAGUUUGGAUUUUGUUUUGAAUGUUCACAGCCUGAAAUGUGCUCCAUCCAGUUAUUUAUGGUGUAAAUAUGCUCAGAAAGGAGAAUCCCACCACAUUUAAGCACAUGGGCAGAAACUGUAUUUAUUGAGUAAAUGAUUCUUUAUGAUUUUUGAAAUAUAGCUGCAAUCAAAUCCAGUCUGCUUCUAUAUUGAGUGUGUUUUUGACUGAAGCUCAUUUUAAAAGAGGACAAAAUAAAAACGUUUUUGCAGAGA